GUCGAACCAGUGAUCCUACAAACUCGAAUGCAAGCGUUGCAUGAAUCGAUUUCGCAGCACACUCUGAGCGUCGGGCGUCUUGCCCUGACCCCCCUCCCCCCUAGUAGGCUGAAGCCGUUACCAGGAAGAUUUCUUGACGCUCAGAUGCCUCCAAGGUCGCUCGUAAGAACAUCCCGAUAGGGAUUUGUAAGUAAUGCCACCCCCCGCUGCUGAUCGGCCGUCUCGGCCGUUCCGAGCGGCUGUCCAGAUCAGAGAAGUGGAGAGCGCGAGCGCGUGUGCCGCGCGGAUACAACGGCGUCCUUGCCCGCGUCGUGCAACACAACGCUCGUUGAUUUCCUCCUCUUUCCUUCUCCUCCUCACCUCCGUCGCAUCUCGAGCCGCCCUUCCUUUUUCCCUGGCACGCGCCGCACACAUUGCCGCCCCCUCGCGUCAGUCCUUAUCCGUUCGACUCCCGCCGUCUGUCGACCUCCCGCUCAUUACUGGUCGCCGCAACUCCCCCCGACGCCUAGCAUCGCCAGCAGUAGGUGCGGGCCUCGCGGACGGCGAGCGCGCAUGGGGGGUGACGCGCCGUUCCGCCAGCGCCCAGCGACUUGUCCCCGCUCGCGGACUGGCGGAGCAGAGGGAAACCGCGCUGUUCAAUGCGGAGACCGCGAGCGUCGGCGGAACCCCGCACCCUUCAGUCGAGUCCUUGUCCGACGCGCGCCCUGCCGGCAUUGAAUUUUCCCCGCAGCUGCUUCGAGCACCCGCGCUAAUAAGUUCCGGUUCCCCGCCUCCCCCCAGCUACCCUCCGCCAUCUCCGCCACCUUCGCCAUUUCCUCCGAGCCCCGCGGUGCAGACGCGCAUAGCGAAAGGGUCGCCGCCGACCAGUGGCGGGCAAGCGGCGAAAGGCGGGCACCAUCCGCCCGGUAAAGGCCACCACAGGUCGCCCGUGGGGGCCAGUAGCGGAAGCAGUGGAAGUAGCGGAAGUAGCGGAAGUAGCGGAAGUAGCGGAAGUAGCGGGAGUAGCGGGAGUAGUGGUAGCAGUAAGGGGGGUGGUUCGAGCGGGUCGAGCAAUUCUGAGAAGGUAGCUCGAGGCGUGGGCGGCACGCAGGCGAGCAGCGCGGACACGACGAAGGUGCUGCUGAGCACUGCCAACAGCAACGCGCCGCGAUGCCUCGACGGCAGCCCCCCCGGGUACUACAUUCAGCGCGGCACCGGCACGGGCAGCAGGCGGUGGCUCAUCACUCUGGAGGGCGGCGGGUGGUGCUUCAACAUGCAGCGGUGCGCGCGGCGCAAGGCCACGGGGCUCGGCAGCAGCGCCACCUGGCCCAACCCCGUGCCCGGCCAGCCCGGCAAAGCCGCGUCGUCUGGGGGCACGGCGUCGGCGCUGAUGGGCGGCAUCGGGAGUCUGAACGCGACGGUGAACCCGCUGUUCUUCAACUGGAACGUGGUGCUCGUCAAGUAUUGCGAUGGCGCCAGCUUCGCCGGGGGCGCCGGCGCCGUCAAGCGCGGCGGCGCUGCCAUGUAUGCCAUGGGCGCCGGCAUUCUGAAGGCCGUCAUCCAAGACCUGCUGCAGCAGCGCGGCAUGGCGGGCGCGCAGCAGGUGGUGCUGUCGGGGUGCAGCGCGGGCGCCGUGGCCGUGGCCAUGGUGUGCGACUCCGUGGCCGCCUCGCUGCCAGCGGCGCUGCAGCCGUCGUUCAAGUGCAUCAUGGACGCGGGCUUCUUCCUAGACGCCCCCGCGGUGACGGGCGCAUACUACUUCCGCGGCACGGUGCAGACGCUCUUCGCGCUGCACCACAUGGAGGCGGGAGUGCACCCCGCAUGCGCCAAGUACUACGCAGCGCGCAACGAGACGUGGAAGUGUUUCUUCCCGCAGUACGGGCUGCACUUCGUGCGCACGCCGCUGUUCCUCGUGCAGAGCGUGCUCGACUACUCGGGCAUCUCCAAGACGCUCGCCCCCGAGGCCAUCCCCGAGGGCGCGCCCAUCCGCACGUGCAUGCGGCGCGGCAACGUGGCGGCGUGCCCCAAGAACACGACGGACACGCUGACGCGGUACAGCCGCAGCAUGGAGCAGACGGUGCGCGACGUGGUGAAGGAGCGCAAUGCCGCCGGCAGCAAGAUGAAGGCGUUCCUCUUCAGCGCCGUCGCGCACUGCACCAUGGGGUCUGACGCCUGGGCCGCCUCCAAGCCCAUGCUCUCCACGCGCUACGACCUCGGCCGCAUGCUCUCGCAAUGGAUCGCCUCCUGAUGGCGGGGGGGGCUCACAGGGCAGGACAUACACAGGUGCCCAGUGGAAAAGGCUGGGCACACACAGGGGAAAGGGCUGCCCAUGGCAGGCAGACUGGAAAAAGGCUUGGUGCUGGGUAGGAGCUGAUUGUGGCAAACGCCACCUGUAAUCUAGUGUGUGCCGUAGCGAGCUGCAGCCUCGGCCUGUUGCGUGAGUUAAAGCUUCUUGAGUGGAAUGAAAAGAGCUUUGUCAU